AUGUUGGCCAAGAAAGCAGUGGAAAAGGAGAGAGUGGAUCUCAACAUAAGCUUAUCUAAGGGUGAAGGGGAAAAGAACCAGGAUCAGGUCCAGGACCAGGACCAGGACCAGGACCAGAACCAGAUCCAGGACCAGGAGUCCAGCAGCAGGACCAAAGCGGACUCUUCCUCCGCUGGUCUGCAGGAGCCACCGGGACGUCAAGCAUCUGGAUUGGAGGUGCGCCAGAGCAGGCGACUGGAGCUACCGGGACACCUAGCAUCGACAUCUGGACGUCAGAUCAUCAAAGCCGGCCAACGCACCAUUGGGAAACAUAAAGCCAAAGAGAGAACCAAGAGUUACUGCUGUGAUAGGAGGGAUAAAGUCCUCACCACUUCACCAGGUCUGAAGGUCCGAAAGAGGAUUCAUACUGAAGAGAAGCUGUACACCUGUGAUCAGUGUGGGUCAGCUUUUACUCAACAAAGUCAUCUAAGGAGUCAUCAGCGUAUUCACACUGGAGAAAAGCCGUACAAAUGUGAACAGUGUGGGGCAGCUUUUUCCAUGUCAGGUGAUCUAAAGCGUCAUCAGCGUAUUCACACUGGGCAUAAGCCUUACAGAUGUGAUCAGUGUGGGGCAGCUUUUACUGAACAAGGUAGUCUAAGCAGUCAUCAGCGUAUUCACACUGGAGAAAAGCCUUACAGAUGUGAUCAGUGUGGGGCAGAUUUUACCAUGUCAGGUCAUCUAAGGAGUCAUCAGCGUAUUCACACUGGAGAAAAGCCUUACAGAUGUGAUCAGUGUGGGGCAGCUUUUACCCGACAAGGUAGUCUAAUGAGUCAUCAGCGUAUUCACACUGGAUUUAAGCCGUACAGAUGUGAUCAGUGUGGGGCAGCUUUUACCCAACAAGGUGGAGCCAGCUGAUUGUUAGAUCUGGAGCACCUGGGCUGGGUGCUCCUCAGGAAGAGAAAAGGCUGGGGCUUCAGUCUUUCUCUCUCUCUCUUCAUCCUGGCAGCACUCCUUUUGGUUUUGUUGAGCCUUUUGCACACACAACACCAUACAGCACAUUUACACACAUCCACAUCCAUACUACUGAUUUUACUGACUUUACAC